AUGUCCACGGGCUAUUCCACUCCUCUCUCCGCGCAUCCUCCAAGCCCUCACACACCCGAUCAAGCAUCUGCUGCGCAAUACCCGCACGGCCAAGAUCCGCGAUCUUCCAACUUCUCCUCGUCUGCGACACCGACCUCCGACUACGGCCUCAACCCGUCAUCAGCGCGCUCAGGUUCCUUCCCAGAAUACCUCCAGCGCGGGCAGAACCCGUACAGCGGACAAGGUCCCAACGCAGGAGGAAUGGCGCAAGCACAGAGUCCGUCCAUAUCUCUACAAGAUGGCCAAGCCAGCAGUGAAAAGUUCGAAGACGGCGAUUCUAACCACGACGUUCCCAUAGAUCCAUCGAUAGCGGCCAGUCCAACCUACCCGCCACACCCAAACUACUCUGGCUACCCGCCGCAACACGACAUGCAUCAGUAUCAAGGGCACCCGGCCACGCCAGUCUACGCGCGGCCGGACUGGGGCAACCCGCAGUAUCCGCCAGCGCCGCAUGGCAUGCAUCCGCAGUACAUGGCGGCGUCUUCAGGGCCGCCACAGCCCUCGAUGGUGUCACCUGUACAACGACCACCAGGGGGUGGGCAUCCGCUUUCGACCGUAUAUUCGUUCGUGCCGAUACCGGGCGCCCAGCAGCAUAAACGACCGCGGCGGCGCUACGAAGAGAUUGAGAGAAUGUACAAAUGCGGUUGGAAUGGCUGCGAGAAAGCGUACGGCACUUUGAACCACUUAAACGCGCACGUUACCAUGCAGUCGCACGGCCAGAAGAGGACUCCAGAAGGUGAGUUUUCGCGUUUGUGA